AUCACCAUUACUCACCCCCUCCUCACCCCUCACCCCCCCGCCAGUGACGUCAGCCGGCUGUAUAAGAGCCGCUCUGACGGGACGGACCAGAACACCUCGACACACACAGACAGGAACACACACAGACACACAGCAGGUGAAGAAGAUGAUGAAGAUGGCCUCCUCCUCCUCCUCACACCUCCUGCUGCUCCUCUCUCUCUCCGCAUCGCUGUGCUGCUGCUCCGCCGCCCAGAGAGACUCCAAACUGCUGCUGCUGCACCGGAGCCCGCUGAAACAGUUCAUUAUAUUUCCUCAGGAGUUGUCCCGGGCGUCGCUGGCCGAGCUGCUGCUCUCGGACCUGCUGCAGGAGAACGAGGCUCUGGAGGAGGACGGGUUCCCUGCAGCUGCAGGAGAACCGGAGAACGUCCGCGUGGAUCUGGAACGAGACGCCGCUGCCGGGCCGCUGCUUUCCCCCCGAGAGAGGAAGGCCGGCUGCAAGAACUUCUUCUGGAAGACCUUCACCUCCUGCUGAGGAACCCCCCCCCCCCCUCUUUUUAACUGUGGCUUUAAUAAAAUCACUUUGAGACAAAAAGCUCUGUGUCUUUUCAGGGGGGGGGGGGGGUCUUUAGUAAAGUAG